GAUUUCCGAAAGGAAUUGGCUCAGUUCCUGGAGCUUCUGGAUGCUCAUAGGACCAAUGUAAGCUGUGCUCUGGUAGCCCUCAUGGCCCAUGGGGAACCUCAGGGACGGCUUCUGGGGGCUGAUGGACAGAUGGUGGAAGUGGAAGAGAUGGUGAGCGAGCUGAGCACUUGUCAGGUCCUGCAGGGGAAGGCCAAAGUUGUUCUGCUGCAGGGGUGCCGUGGGGGUGACAGAGACCCAGGCAUGAGACCUAGAGCUUUGCCCUGGCUGGGGAGUUGGCUACAGCAUUGGCUACAGAGGCCUUCAACCAUCCCUUCUCAUGCAGAUGUCCUUCAGGUUUAUGCUAACAUGCAAG